CAGGAGAGAAGUAUUGAGUUUCAGCGUUAUAAGUCACAUCGAUCCACGACUCACUUCCCAGUGACCUCAUCGCAGCCUCCCGACCCGAUAAAUUUCAUUACCGCCAACCCGUCACCAAUGCGGUCUGCAUCAGUUUUGAGAAUGGCCUCGGCCUCCGUCUCAAAGGGAGACGGCCUCAGGCCCACGCCGAUGGCCCUCCUGCCCCCUAUCCCGCUCUACCGUCGUCUUCUGCGCGCUCACCGCAAGCAUCUUCCUUCCGAGAUGCGCCUACUGGGUGACGAGUACAUCAAGGCUGAAUUCCGUGCUCAUCGUACAGUAGAUAACCCGGCGCACCUGAUCGGUUUCUUGACUGAGUGGCAAUUAUACGCGCAAAAGAUCGAGGGCAACUCGUGGGUUGGCGAGAAGAUUGACCCCGUCAAGGUUGCUAAGAUGAGUGACGAACAAAUCGGUCAACUUUAUGAGCUGAUGCAGGCCAUCAAAGAACGGCGUGAGUCAGGGGAAGGCGAGGAUCAAUCAUGA